UGGCUCUUGGCCGGCUGUCCUGCUCCGCGCGCCCCGCGUUUUUCUGUCUUCGUUGCCGCUCUUGACCCCGCUCGGGUCUGCGGUGCUGCCGGGAUCAGGACCAUGUCGCUGUCGCGCUCGGAGGAGAUGCACCGGCUCACGGAAAAUGUCUACAAGACCAUCAUGGAGCAGUUCAACCCCAGCCUCCGGAACUUCAUCGCCAUGGGGAAGAACUACGAGAAGGCCCUGGCAGGUGUGACGUAUGCAGCCAAAGGCUAUUUCGAUGCCCUCGUGAAGAUGGGAGAGCUGGCCAGUGAGAGCCAAGGCUCCAAGGAACUGGGAGACGUCCUCUUCCAGAUGGCGGAGGUUCACAGGCAGAUCCAGAACCAGCUGGAGGAGAUGCUGAAGUCUUUCCACAAUGAGCUGCUCACUCAGUUGGAGCAGAAGGUGGAGUUGGACUCCCGGUACCUGAGCGCAGCACUGAAGAAGUACCAGACAGAGCAGAGGAGCAAGGGUGACGCGCUGGACAAGUGUCAGGGCGAGCUGAAGAAGCUUCGCAAGAAGAGCCAAGGGAGCAAGAACCCGCAAAAGUACUCAGACAAGGAACUGCAGUACAUCGACGCCAUCAGCAACAAGCAGGGUGAGCUAGAGAACUACGUGUCAGACGGCUACAAGACUGCCCUGACCGAGGAGCGGCGGAGGUUCUGCUUCCUGGUGGAGAAGCAGUGUGCCGUGGCCAAGAACUCUGCCGCCUACCACGCCAAGGGCAAGGAGCUGCUGGCACAGAAGCUGCCACUGUGGCAACAGGCCUGCGCUGACCCCAACAAGAUCCCGGACCGCGCCGUCCAGCUGAUGCAGCAGAUGGCCAGCAGCAAUGGCGCUGUCCUUCCCGGUGCUCUGUCAGCCUCCAAGUCCAACCUGGUCAUCUCAGACCCCAUCCCAGGGGCCAAGCCUCUGCCUGUGCCCCCAGAGCUGGCCCCUUUUGUGGGGCGGAUGUCAGCCCAGGACGGUGCACCUGUCAUGAACGGCGUCUCAGGCCCAGAUGGCGAGGACUACAACCCCUGGUCUGACCGCAAGGCCGCCCAGCCCAAGCCCCUGUCUCCUCCACAGUCGCAGAGCAAGCUGAGCGACUCAUACUCCAACACCCUGCCUGUGCGCAAGAGCGUGGCCCCGAAAAACAGCUACGCCACCACUGAGAACAAGACCCUGCCCCGCUCCAGCUCCAUGGCAGCUGGCCUGGAGCGCAACGGCCGCAUGCGGGUAAAGGCUAUCUUCUCCCACGCUGCCGGGGACAACAGUACCCUACUCAGCUUCAAGGAGGGAGACCUCAUCACGCUGCUGGUGCCCGAGGCCCGCGAUGGCUGGCACUAUGGCGAGAGUGAGAAGACCAAGAUGCGGGGCUGGUUCCCCUUUUCCUAUACCCGCGUCCUGGACAGUGAUGUCAGCGACAGGUUGCACAUGAGCCUGCAGCAGGGGAAGAGCAGCAGCACGGGCAACCUGCUGGACAAGGAGGACCUGGCCCUCCCACCACCCGACUACGGCACCUCCUCCCGAGCCUUCCCCGCCCAGACAGCUGGCACCUUCAAGCAGAGGCCCUACAGCGUGGCCGUGCCCGCCUUCUCACAGGGCCUGGACGACUACGGCGCGCGGUCUGUGAGCAGCGGCAGUGGUACGCUGGUGUCCACAGUGUGAGGACGCGGACCACACGCUGCCACUGCUCUGGAGAGCUUGCUGCCACCUCCCCCUCCUGCUCCUUCUCUUCCUCACGCUCUUUCUCUUCCUCCCCCUCCACCCCUGCCUCCUCCAGCCUCUGACCUGUUUGGCCACCAUUGGUCUCCUCCUCCGCUCUGGUUGGUUUGUUCUGGGUUAUUCUCUCCCCCAUCACCCACCCAUCUCCCCCUCAGUUGUGACCCGACUCUGUGAUCCCAGGAUCCAUGGUGCUGCUCCACCCCUCAUGCCCCCAUGUAUCCGCAGCCCCCCCCCCAGCAGACACCGCAAUGGGCCCCAACCUGCCCGGCGCUCCGCAGUGUCCACACGCACCCACCCUUUUCUAAGGCUCGCCGCGAGCCUGGUUUAAAGUUUGAAGAAAACAAAAAUCUUAAAAAAAAAAAGGAUGAAAAACAGGAAAAGGACUUUUUUUUCCUGAAAAACAAAACCGAUGUGCAUGGACUCCGGUGUACGUACUGUUACCUUUGCGUCUGACCCUCCCGGCACGGGCGGAUGGCAGGGAGGGCAGGAGCUCAGACUCCGGGGCCGCC